AUGGUAUUUUUCUAUGAAUCUAAGCCAAACCCAUAUGAUGAAGCAUAUCAAAUUGUAAUGGGCAAAGACAAGUUUGAAAAUGAUUUAUUGAUUAAAUGGGGAUAUAAAGAACUAAAUUAUUGGUGGUUUCAUACAGAUAAAUAUUCAAGUGGUCAUAUAUAUUUGAAAUUGAAAUCAAACGAAAAGACAUUUUUUGAUGUGCCGGAGGAUGUGAUAAAUGAUUGUUUACAAUUAUGCAAAUCUCAGUCUAUUCAAGGAAACAAAUUACCUGAAUGUGUUAUAAUUAUCACACCUUGGACUAAUUUAAGAAAAACAAAAUUUAUGAAACCCGGCGAAGUAUCAUUUAAAACUACCAAAAACUGCUAUAAGAGGAAAUGUUUCAAUAGAGAUAAUAAAAUACUUAAUAGAUUAACGAAAACAAGAGUAGAAUAUGUGACCGAUGACAUCAAAGAAUUAGAUAGUUUUUUAAAUGAAGCUAAAAAAAGUAAAGAUGGUGAUUAUUUCUUAAAAUUUAUUGAAAGAAAUAAAGAACAAUUAUUGUUAAUUGAAAAGAAUAGAAAACAAGCAAAAAAGCUAGCUAAAAAGAAUAAAAAGAAAAAUAAGGAUUGGGGGGAAGAAGAAAAAGAGUUGUGUGGUGAGAAUGAGAUUGAUAAUCUUAAGCAUCUGGAUUAUAGUUCUAAUUCUAAAUCUGUAGAAGUCAAUCUGUAA